AGCAGCAAAUCGCAUAUUUGUUGUCGUGGUAAUAAAUAAUGGGUUCAUAAAUAUUUACCUACGUGCUUCUUAACUUCGCAAUAAUGUUCAAUAACUCUUAGUGCCAAUCUACAUUUAAGGAUGUGAAAAGAAUUUUGUUUAUGGAUUAAAUAAUAUGUUUGUGGAGUGCUGCUAGUGCUAUUGAUAACGCUGUCAAGCUCAGCUGGGUUUCAACGAGCGGUAAAAAUCUCGCGAUUUUUUCUAGGUAGCGGAAAGCACUUUUGUGCUCCAGUUCCUCAAGGUAUGCCGUUACAUUUUCUCUAUUAUGCUAGCUUGCUCAAGAUGAGCUAACGACUUUGUGUAUAUUAAAAACAUAACACGGUAUUGUUUUCUGUUCUUUGUUUUUUCAAGCGGUCGUGUGAUGUUUACAUCACUUUAUUUUGAGUUUUAAGUACUCCUAAAUAUUUCUAAAGAAACCUAAGAUGUUACAAAAUUUAUUAAAGUAACGUCCUAUAUUUACAAUAACCAACAUUGGCCGUGAUCCAUAUUGCGUUGCGUGCGUGUGUGUAUUGCGCGGGAACUUGUUUUAUUUUUAGCAUUCGUAUGUUUAUUGGUGUCGCGUCGCAAAUAUUAUUUAAAUUACGCUAUUUACAGUGAAAACUUAACAUGCGGGCGAUUGAUAACAUAAGUUCAUGAACAAUUUAAAAAAACCGAAGUGCAUCAAUAAAGUGAAUCAAGAAUGAGCGAACCGCAAGAGACGACGGCGAGUGACGCGGCGCUGCAGCCGGCCGUGUCAUCGACGUCGCUGGUAGGAGAUGCAUCUCCCCCCGGCUCCACAGCAUCUCAGAGCACAGCUGCAGCUUCAGUCAAGUCUGCAGAAUCUACCAGACCCUCGAGCCUACCAAAACCUUCAGGACUCAAGCCUCCCAGCAAGAUUGGCAGGCUGUGUUCCAACUCAGCCCCAAAACCAGCAAUCCCCAUAUCUCCAAGAUCAGACGGCAGCUCCGACGCCGUGAGGAAGCUCAGCGACGACUUAUCUAGAAAACAUUUAUCAGACCUCAUAGAAGCCGAGGAGGACGAGGUGUCCAGCAGUCUGCCCGACAGACCGCGCUCGCAUCGCAAGGCAUCUACCAGCAGCACGUACAGCGUCACGUCGAUGGACGCGCUGUGGGAGAAGCACCCGCGGCGGCUCAGCGAGGCCGGCCUGCGCAGGUCCUCAGACCACAGUGUUGUUCUAACGGAGGACACUGACAGCUUCAUUAUCGGCGAGCGCGUGUGGGUGGGCGGCACCAAGCCCGGCCAGAUCGCGUACAUCGGGGAGACUCAGUUCGCGCCCGGCGACUGGGCGGGGAUCGUGCUCGACGAUGCCAUCGGCAAAAACGACGGAUCAGUAGCUGGCGUCCGCUAUUUCCAAUGUUCGGAAAAGCGCGGCGUGUUCUCACGUCUGACGCGACUGACGCGUGCCCCGCUAGCGACACACGAUGGGUCGCCCACGUCGGACGCGGGCAGCGUGUUCGAGCGCCCGCCGUCCGGGGUGGGACGCUACCGCCGCACGCUGUCCCCCAACGGUAGCGUGCGCAGCGUUGUCAGCAGCAAAAUGAAUGCAUCUAUUUCGACAACGACAAACGGGGAACUUCGCCUCGGAGACAGAGUCAUAGUAUCCAGCAGUCGCGGGAGCAAAGCUGGUACCCUGAAAUAUGUUGGCGUUACCGAAUUCGCUUCAGGCGUUUGGGCGGGUGUUGAACUUGACGACCCGAUCGGCAAGAACGACGGCUCCGUUGAAGGAAAGAGGUACUUUGAAUGCUCGCCUCGUUUCGGCUUGUUCGCGCCCAUCGCCAAGGUAUCACGCUCGCCCUCCAACCGCAAGCCUGGAUCCUGCGCGAUCCACAGCAACGGCCGCAUGACGCCCAUGCGACGCUCCAACUCGCGCGAAUCCCUCACGUCACUCGGCACAUCGAUCGCGUCCUCUCGCGCGACGGGGGUGAGGCUCGGGGUGACGGCGCUCGGCGCUCAGCGAGUGGGUGGGCCGCGAGCGUCGUCCACCCCUGUCUCGGCGAAGAACGCGCUGCAGGAGAUGCUUCGAGAAAAACAACAUCACUUGGAGCGACUGAUGCGAGAGCGGGAACUGGAGCGGACGGAGGUGGCCAAGGUGUCUCUGCAGGCCAACCGCGCUGAGACCGCGCUCGAACAGCUGAAGAAGGAAGCCGCACAGGUAGAACAUAGCUUAAAACAACAUCACUUGGAGCGACUGAUGCGAGAGCGGGAACUGGAGCGGACGGAGGUGGCCAAGGUGUCUCUGCAGGCCAACCGCGCUGAGACCGCGCUCGAACAGCUGAAGAAGGAAGCCGCACAGGUAGAACAUAGCUUAAAACAACAUCACUUGGAGCGACUGAUGCGAGAGCGGGAACUGGAGCGGACGGAGGUGGCCAAGGUGUCUCUGCAGGCCAACCGCGCUGAGACCGCGCUCGAACAGCUGAAGAAGGAAGCCGCACAGACAAGCACUGAGAACGGCAAGCUGAAAGCGGAGCUGGAUCGUCUGACGCAGCGGCUUGAAGACGAGAAACAGAAGGUGGAGGACCUGCUCUUCAAACACGAAGAGGAAAACAUCAACAAGGAGGACUACAAUAAAUACAAAGAUGCUAUGGAGGCCGAGAAAUUCGCCCGCGACCAGCGAAUCCGCGAGCUGGAAGCCGAGGUGGCGCUGCAAGCUGCGCGCGCGGACGCGGCCGCGGCCACUCUACGCGCCGGCGACCAGCAGCGCGCCGCCGAGCUGGCCGCGCUCGCCGACCAGCACCGUGAGGAGCUGGCCGCUGCGCACACAUUGUCUUCCGAGCUCCAAAAACUCCUGGACGAAGCCUACGCCCUGCUCAAAGAAAAAGACAGCGAGAAGGACUCCGUCGGCAAGAGCAUGUCCGAGGAGCUGUCCAAAGUCAAGGCCGAGGCUGAAAAGGCCUUGGCCGAGGCCAAGUCCAAAAUCUCCAUCGCACAAACAGAGUUCGACACUCAAAUAUCCGUCCUCACCGGUAAACUGCAACUGGCCGAGUCCAAACUGGAAUCGGAGAAACAGAACUUGGAAAGGCUAAAUAAGGAGAACAGUCAGACCGUCGUUGAUUUGAAUGCGAAGCUAGCGCAACUCCAGGCUUCUGUCGAUGAUAAGACACAUGAGUUGAAUAAAGUGAUCGGGGCAAGCAAAGAGCACGAACUGAACCUUAACAAGGAGAUAACUAAGCUAAAAAUGGAACUCAGUUCAAAAAUAUUAGACCUGGAACAGUUAGAAGAAGUGAAGACAAAACAAGAUACGACCUGUAAAGUCUUGCAGGAAGAAUUGACUAAAUUCCGGGAGGAACAUGCAGCUAAAGUCAACGAGUAUGAAAGCCUAUUAAACGAAAUCACACAGCAAAACGAAAAGAGCAAAUCAGAUAUUGUAGAAUUACAGCAAAGUUUGGCCGCCAAAACUAGAGAAUAUGAAAAAUUACUUCACGAAUCAAGUGAUUCUUCCAGUUCUACAGAACAACUUAUAAACGAAUACAAACAAAACAUUCACGAAAGAGACAAGGAGAUUAUAAAAUUAAAAGACGAUUACGAACAGGCUACGGCCAACUUUAAUAUCAAGCAUAGCAAAAUUGCAGAAGAACAUAAGAAAGAAAUCGAUAAUCGUAAUUCAAAAAUAGAAGAGCUCAUGAAAGAAAUAGAGAAUCACAGGCAAACUUUAGAUCAGAACAAAGUGGAGCUGGAUACUCUCAACUCGCAAUUUACGCACAACGCAGAUGAGUUGAAGGCAGCAAAAGAAGAGAACGAACGCCUCAAACAACAAAUAAAUGAACUAACUCAAACCAAUAAUGAGUUAAAAGAUAAAAUAUCUGCAUUGAUAUUAGAGAUCGGUGAACUUAAACGACAUUUUACCAGUACUUUGGAAAAGUGUGACGACUUGCAGAAAUCUAAAGAUAAAAUUGAAGCUGAAUAUAUGAAUCUUACUGGACAGGCGACUGGCUCUAAUGAACAAUUUAACAAACUGUCGCAGCAUCUAAGAGAAACAGAAAAGGCGUUGGAAGAAUCCAAAGAUAAAGCGCGCGAUUUAGCUAAUCUUUGCGGUGGAAUGGAGCAAGAAUUAAAACAGAAAAUAUUUAAGCUACAAGAAGAUUUUUCGCUAGAACGUGGUCAAUUAAUAAAAUCUAAUGAUGAACGGAUAGAAGAACUGAAAUUGGCAGACGGUAAAAUUAAGGAACUUGAAAAUAAAUCUAAUGAGAUGUCUAAUCAUAUUAAAGAAUUGGAAUCUAAGGCUGACCAAUUGAUAGACGAAAACACUAAUUUAAAGCAAGAGAUCGUUACUUUGAAAACUAGAGAACAAGAGCUAAACAACGAAUACGAAAUCAUGUGCAAAAAGGUAGACUUAGAUAUUGAGAAGUAUAAGGAAGAGAUUGCAAUUUUGAAAGCAGAUGGUGCUACAUCACAAGUCACGUUAAUGGAAAAAGUAGACCAAUUAACUGAAGCCCAGAAUGAGUUGAAUAAUAAACUAGAAGAAGCUAGAAAGAAUGAAGAUUCUUUACAAAAAGUUAUAAACGACAUGAAUUUGCAACUGGGCAAUCAAAAGAGCCAAUAUGAGAAAGAAUUAGAACAAAUUCUUAUCCAAUUAAAUGCUGUGAGUGACGAAUUAAAAGCUAGCAGGGGCGAGGGCGAACAGCUAAAGCAAUCUCUACAAGAAAAAGAAAACAGCAUUAAAGAAUUUUCACGCAAAUUGGAAAUGAUAGAUGUAGAUCUGAAGUCUAACUUAGAAGUAGUGACUGAAAAAGAACGCCAAAUUGCACAAAUUAACGUAGAACUCAAUGGUGCUUUAGAAAGUAAAAAACAGCUAGAAGAAAAACUUAAUGCAAGUACUCUAGAGUACUCUACUUUGAAGCAGCAAUAUGAAACCCUUGCUAGUAAUUCUUCCGCCGAAGAAUCCGUUUUAAGGGAACAACUCAACCAAUUAGAAUCCUUGCGAAAAGAAAUGGCUGUGUUAAACCAAGACAAAAACAUAAUUGAAACAAAAUAUCAAGAAGAAUCAGCCCAGUUACAAAAAUUAAGAACAGAACACGAAGAAACUUUAAAUAAAUUAAAUGAAAACAUUACAGCUAACGCCAACCUUAACAAAGCCUUAGAAGAACAAAAGAGUGUAAUUCAUAAUGAAAGUCAGAAGAGUGAAAAUAAUUCCACCAAGGUUAAGAAUUUAGAAGACGAAAUCUCCAGACUGAGUCAAGAAAUUCAAACCUGUGCAGCAAAAGAAAACGAAUUGAAUUUACUAAAUGAAAACCUAAACAAAGCAAUAGCUGAAUUGAAAAACCAAAAUGAAGAAUUAAAUGAAAAAUAUAAAGUAGAAACGGAAUCUCUCAAAACUACCGUUAAGCCUUUACAAAAUCGUGUAGAAGAACAAGAAAAACAAUUAGAAGAGUUACAACAAGCGAAAGAAAGGGUGACUGAAUUGCAACAAAUAAUUGUCAAAUCGGAAAGUGAUAUUAAGCAACUAACAAGUAUAAACGAAGGCCAAAAGACGAAUUAUGAAGAUUUGAAUAAGCAACUGCAAAAACAGUACGAGGAAUACAAGAAAGAAGCCAAACGUGCAAAACACGACCUGAGAGCCCAAGCAGAAAUGUAUCACAAAGAAUUGAAGGAAUCCAAAGAGAAAGUAAAAGUGGAGAUGGAAAAGCAAUAUGCAUUGCAACAAAAACUAAGUGACGCAGAGAAGAAUAUAGUAGAAUUAAACAAUAAGUUAGAAUUAGUGACAGUUCAGCAGAGUGCUAGUGUACAGAAGGAUGAUAAGUUAGAGAAAUUGACAUUAGAGUUGCAGGCUAUUAGGAAAACUACCUCUGAAGCCUUAUCGAAGAACGAGACCACUAUCAACGCGUUGAAGAAUGAGGUGGACCAAAGAAAGGUAGAGUUGAAACAAAAGCAAGAGCUCAUUUCAAAACUCCAAGAAGAUGUGAAGAAUCUUAAAGCCAAGGCCGAGAUAGCUGAGAGAGAGAAGGUACUAAUGCUGAAAGAAAUGGCGUCGAAAACGGACAUCCGCGACAAGAAUGAUAACAACGCUGUAGGGCUGCACGGAGCCGGCGACGUCCCUACACAAAACGUGGAACUACAGGCUGAAAUGGAGGGCCAGGUGUCAUUCCUGAACUCUGUGAUAGUGGACAUGCAACGCAAGAACGAGAUGCUGCUGGCGCGGGUGCAGGCGCUCGAGGGCGGACCACCCGACGAGCCCGUCUUCAACGGUCGCAAGCCGCGCGCAGUGGCGCCGCGGCUGUGGUGCGACAUCUGCGACGUGUUCGACGCGCACGACACCGAGGAGUGCCCGCGCCAGGCCGCCGGCGCGCCGCCCGCCGCCGCCGCCGGCAAGAAACCGCCGCCGCCCCGCCCCUACUGCGACAUCUGCGAAGUGUUCGGACACGCGACGGAGAACUGUGAUGAGGAGGAGACGUUUUAACACAUAAGUUAUUUCACCUAGCUUUAAUGUUACCGUUGUUUGUUAAUCCUUACGGAAUUAUUUAUUCAUUAUCGUUUACCAACUUUUUUGGUACGACUUGUUUACUUGUUAACUCUUUAACUAGUAUUUGUAAAUAAAGCAUUGAUCUUUAAUGUUUAAGCCACAGUUGCAUGAUAUUUUAAUAUUAUAAGGUGAAUGGUACUUUUUCGUGUGCAUUGUCUAGUUUAUAAUGCACAUAGAGAUAUGUUCAUGGCACAUUUUAAAUCAUUUCCAACACAAUCAUGAUUAUUAUAAUAUUCUUCAUAGCCUAAUAACUUUUAUUGUUGUUUUAUGGAGAUAUAGAAAAGAAACACCAAAUUUAAGAUUUUGUAUAAGCAAUAAAUUAAUAUUGAAUUUUA